CAGCAAAGCAGCACAACUGAAUGGUCUCUCUCCUCGUCCCUCAGAGCCGUCCCUCCCGGGAAGAUGCAGAUGUUCGUGAUGCUGCUGGCUGCAGGGGGCACCUGCCUGGGCCUGCUGGCAGCAGCUGCAGCGGCCGUCAACCCUGGCCGACCCAACACCCCCAGCUCGCUGCCCAUUCACCGGCGCCAGAAGAGAGACUGGAUCUGGAACCAGAUGCACAUCGAUGAAGAGAAAAACGGCUCACUGCCCCACUAUGUGGGCAAGAUUAAAUCAAGCGUGAACCGCAAGAACACCAAGUACCAGCUCAAAGGAGAGUCUGCCGGCAAGGUCUUCCAGGUUGAUGAGAGCACAGGGGACGUGUAUGCCUUUGAGAGGCUGGACAGGGAGAAGAUCUCUGAGUACCACCUCAUCGCCCUCGUGGUGGACAAGGACACUGAGAAGAACCUGGAGUCUCCUUCCAGCUUCACCAUCAAAGUUCACGAUAUCAAUGACAACUGGCCUGUGUUCACGCACCGGGUGUUCAAUGCCUCCGUGCCCGAGAUGUCAGGGAUAGGGACCUCGGUCAUCCAGGUGACAGCGAUGGAUGCAGAUGACCCCACUGUGGCAGACCACGCCUCUGUCAUGUACCAACUCCUGAAGGGAGAAGAACAUUUCAGCAUCCGUGGUUCUGGACUAAUUGUCACAGCGAACAAAAACCUGGACCGAGAGAAGCAGGCCAAGUACGAGAUCGUGGUGGAAGCACGAGAUGCCCAGGGCCUCCGGGGGGAAUCAGGCACGGCCACCGUGCUGAUCUCUCUGCAAGAUGUCAAUGACAACUUCCCCAUCUUCACACAGUCCAGGUACGUAUUUUCUGUGCCCGAAGACAUCCGCGUGGGCAGCCCCCUGGGCUCUCUGUUUGUGGAGGACCCAGAUGAGCCCCAGAACCGGAAGACAAAGUACAGCAUCGUGCAGGGCGAGUACAGGGACACCUUCACCAUCGAGCCUGACCCCACCCGCAACGAGGGCAUCAUCAAGCCCAUGAAGCCCCUGGACUAUGAACACAUCCGGCAAUACAGCUUCACCAUCGAGGCCACGGACCCCACCAUCGACCUCCGCUACCUGAGCAGCACCUCCACCAAGAACAUCGCCCGUGUCAUCAUCAACGUCACAGACGUGGAUGAGCCCCCCAACUUCCAGCAGCCCUUUUACCACUUCCAACUGCGGGAGAACCAGAAGAAACCUCUGAUCGGCUCAGUGCUGGCCGUGGACCCCGAUGCCGCUAAGCGGAGCAUCAGAUACUCCAUCCGCAGGACAAGUGACAAGGGCCAGUUCUUUGGAAUAACCAAGCAGGGGAAUAUUUACAAUGAGAAGGAGCUGGACAGAGAAGUCUACCCCUGGUGUAACCUGACAGUGGAGGCCAAAGAGCUGGAUUCUAGUGGGACCCCCACGGGCAAAGAAUCCAUUGUGCAGGUCCACAUCGAAGUUAUGGAUGAGAACGACAAUGCCCCAGAGUUUGCCAAGCCCUACGAGCCCAAAGUGUGUGAGAACGCUGCCCAGGGCAAGCUGGUCGUGCAAAUCUCGGCAAUUGACAAGGAUAUAACGCCACGAGAUGUGAAGUUCAAGUUUUCCCUGAGCACUGAGGACAGCAACUUCACCCUCACGGAUAAUCACGAUAACACAGCCAACAUCACAGUCAAGUACGGGUAUUUUGACCGAGAGCGCGCCAAGGUCCACCACCUGCCCGUGCUCAUCUCGGACAACGGGAGGCCAAGCCUCACAGGCACCAGCAUGCUGGAUGUGACCGUGUGCAAGUGCAACGAACGCGGCGAGUUCACCUUGUGUGAGGAGGUGGCCGCCCAGGUGGGCGUCAGCAUCCAGGCGCUGGUAGCUAUCUUCCUCUGCAUCCUUACCAUCACAGUGAUCACCCUCCUCAUCAUCCUGCGGCGACGGCUCCGGAAGCAGGCCCGCGCCCACGGCAAGAGCGUGCCGGAGAUCCACGAGCAGCUGGUCACCUAUGACGAGGAGGGCGGCGGCGAGAUGGACACCACCAGCUACGACGUGUCGGUGCUCAACUCGGUGCGCCACGGUGGGACCAAGCCCCCACGGCCGGCGCUGGACACGCGGCCGUCCCUCUACGCACAGGUGCAGAAGCCGCCGCGGCACGCGCCCGGGGCGCACGGGCCCGGGGAGAUGGCCGCGAUGAUCGAGGUGAAGAAGGACGAGGCGGACCACGACGGCGGCGGCCCACCCUACGACACGCUGCACAUCUACGGCUACGAGGGUGCCGAGUCCAUCGCCGAGUCCCUCAGCUCCCUGGGCACCGAUUCAUCUGACUCGGACAUCGACUAUGACUUUCUCAAUGACUGGGGGCCCAGGUUUAAGAUGCUGGCCGAGCUGUACGGCUCGGACCCCCGGGAGGAGCUGUUGUAUUAG